CCGCGCACUGGCAGCUCCGCACGCCCAGCGAUUGCGGACUCGCGCUGGAGAGGAUCCGAGUCUGGGAGCAGCCAGGCGAGGGCAGCGCGGGGUGAGUAGGGAAGCAGAGGAGGGAGAACGUCUUUCUCCAGGAACAAAACUUUCUCCAAAACGCCAGAAACUUGUUCCUGGGCGUGAGAAGUCCGGGACCGGCGGGCGGGCGCGGCUGGUGGAGACCCACGCCUGGGACCCUGGAGCAGGUCACCACACCUGUGUCCAUUUGAAUACACUGAUGAGAUACGUGGCAGGGGUCUGCUGACCUACUGGAGCUCAGUAACGGUGACUUUCUCAUCGUUCUGAGCACUAGAAACUCACUUUGGCUGCCGUGAGACGGAGGAUGGGGCGGUCGAGCUAAGCAGCUGGUCAGUGUCUACUUCCUGAUGUUGUGGAAGGAUCCUGGUCUUCACUCCCAUGCUCAGGACCUGGGCGGGCGCUCCACGCUGGGCUCUGGCUGCAGACACACCAGCAGGAGUCGAAGGCCGGAGCCUCACUGGAAUUCAUUUGCAUUUUCCGCUAAGCACACUAUAUUCUGCUUGGGACCCAGCAGACAGAGCUGUGCCCUGGUCCCCAGGCCUUGUCCUCUGUCGAUCUUUUUCUCUGAGAAACACAUCCUGGAUCUGGGUUGCAGAGGUUUCAGACAAACCUGUGAGAGGUGUUGCCUAAGAGUGUGUUUUUCACAAUUACGGAGGGCCAGAAGCAGCCCUGAAGCAAGCCUUUUCUGUGGGCAGCUGGAAACAUCUGGUCCUAUAAAGACAAAGCCGACCCUUUGCCUGGACUUAUGACCCGUGGCUUCGCACCCAACCUGCUCACCGAGUGCCACAAGAUGGGCUCCUUCCGCAGGCCGAGGCCGCGCUUCAUGAGCUCGCCGGUGCUCAGCGACCUGCCCCGCUUCCAAGCCGCCCGGCAGGCUCUGCAGCUGAGCUCCAACUCGGCCUGGAACAGCGUCCAGACUGCUGUGAUCAACGUUUUCAAAGGGGGCGGCUUGCAAAGCAACGAGCUGUAUACACUGAACGAAAACAUCAGGCGGCUGCUGAAGAGUGAACUUGGAUCGUUCAUCACAGACUAUUUCCAGAACCAGCUGCUUGCCAAAGGACUGUUCUUUGUGGAGGAGAAGAUCAAGUUGAGUGAAGGUGAAAACCGCAUUGAGGUUCUGGCUGAAGUCUGGGACCACUUCUUCACUGAGACUCUCCCCACCCUGCAGGCAAUAUUUUAUCCAGUUCAGGGACAGGAGCUGACCAUCCGCCAGAUCUCCCUGCUCGGCUUUCGUGACUUGGUCCUGCUGAAGGUGAAGCCGGGUGACUUGCUGCUGCUGUCACAGUCCAAGCUGCCUCCGUCCAUUGUCCAGAUGCUGCUUGUCCUGCAGAGCGUUCACGAGCCCACAGGCCCGAGCGAGGGCUUCCUGCAGCUGGAGGAGCUGGUGAAGCAGGUGGUUUCUCCUUUCCUGGGCAUCGGCAGUGACCGUGGCUUCUCAGGCACCACAUACACACUGGCCAGGCGACACUCGAGAGUCCGGCCCAGGAUGACACUCCUGAACUAUGCUUCCCCGCUGGCCACGGCUAGCCAGCCGCUGAAUGAGAUGGCUCUGACCCCCCUGACGGAGCAGGAGGGGGAGGCCUACCUGGAGAAGUGUGGCAGCGUCCGGAGGCACACAGUGGCCAACGCCCACUCGGACAUCCAGCUGUUGGCCAUGGCCACCAUGAUGCACUCGGGCUUAGGGGAGGAGGCUGGCAGCGAGGACAAGUGCCUGCCCCUGCCACCCAGCUUCCCACCAGCUCACCGGCAGUGCUCCAGCGAGCCCAACAUCACCGACAGCCCUGAUGAACUGGAGGAGGUGGCAGGGGACAGCCCGGCGGACACAGAGCUGAACUGUGCUUCCCUCAGCUGAGUCACCGCCACGGGACUUCCCAGCUCCUGCUUUGCAGCCAGGUCAAGGGCAGCUGACCCCAGAAACCUCCCUUCCUGUGGGCACUGCUGCUGCAUUUCUUUUAGGGUACUAGCCUGGUCUCGGUGCCCUGCAGGGAAACUUGUAAAACACCUUCCUUUGGCUAGCAUUUCACAGCCACACUGACUCAGCUGCCCACAGCAGUUCCCCUUCUGACCCCCACCCCCAGCCUGGGGCAGCUCACCUGGAUCUUCAUCUCCAUGCCUUGAUUUCCUGAUACUGGAUGGCGAUCAGUGCUCCCAGGGGGCCAUUCCAGUGCUCUGAGAGUUAAGGUGGCGAGGGUCGUCUAGAUCAUACAUAAAGCCAUCAGGAAUGUGUUGGCCUCUGUCUCUCCCCCUUCAGGCUCCUUUAACACACAGGCUUAUGGGUACAGAGUAGUAGAGAGCUGUGUGCAGAGCAGAAGCCAUUUGCAUCCUCUGCGGAGUGUGGCCCAGGGAACAUACCCUCUUUGCCUGAGUUUCCAGGUUCCUGGAAUGACCCUGCCCUGUGGUGAGUGUGCCUCCAUCAUCAGCUACGUCCACAGACAUGAAGGCCUUUGGCUUUUGGCCCAGGCCAGCCGGAGACUGGAGCAGCCCCAGCAGUCAUUAGGCCUAAGCCUUGUUCUCAGGCUGAUUCCCGAGCUAAGGCGCUAACCAACUGCAUAGUCGCUGGGGCCUUCAUCCCCCUUGUGGUCCAGCAAUGGCCGCCUUUCUACUGCGGGUGUGAGGGACUGGGUGAUAGCAACUAAUCAGUCUGUGUUUAGAUUUGACUUGAAUUUUUAAAAUGUGUUGUUUCAAAAAUUGUUUAUGGAUAUUUGCACAUAGGAAAUUACACUGUUCAUUUCCAGUGGGCUGUGUCUUCGAACUAAAACUCCACACACUAGCUUUUUUUCUUUUCUUUAUUUAUUUUUUUUUGGUGUGGUACUGGGGAUUGAACUCAGGACCCUGUGCUUGCCAGGCAAGCACUUAAUUCCACUGAGCCAUCUCCCUGGCUCUUAAAACUCCACACUAAAAAAUCGUGCAGAACCCUGAGAAAGGAGACUGGGGUGACUCAAAAUAAAAUGAUGGAUAGAGGGCAGGGCUCUGUGCCACAGCGCUCUGAAAGCAGUUGGUACCAAAUCCCAAGUGGUCCCUGUGUGUGGCGGUCCUGAUCUAGGAAGAGUGCUUUGGAUGGGGACUCUGAGCAGAAGGAACGUCAGUGUCUGUCGCUGGGGCAGGUGGCGGAGAUGUGGGCAAGAUCUCUUUGAGAGACCUUUAUUUUUGUGAUUACAGCAGUGUGUAGGGACUCGCUGGUCUCUUGGUGUGCCCCUGGGGAGAAACAAUGGGAGGAAUGAGGAAAAGACAGACAAGAGGAGGGCUGGAUCAGAUGGAGGCCUGUUUGCUUGAUUGGCAAAGGACCAAAGAACAACAGUAGGGGCCUUUAUACCUUUGCAAAGUGAGUAUCACGUGACACAAGGUUGCCUGGCGACUACUAGCUCACAUUGUCCAGGAGGGAAGCCUUUCUCACUGAGGCCUGGUUCUGCCCUCACAUAUUUGACCAACUUCCAGCUUUGGUGGCUCCCAACAGCAGUGUACCCAGGAGUGGCCAGAAUUUCCCACGUGCCCGGGCUCAAGUGCUAUUUGCAGCAGCAGACUCUGAGCUGUGCUGUGUCCUUUCUACCUCUUUCUCCAGAUGUUGGGGCAUUUGGUCACCUUGAGUUCCUGUCCUCUUUGUCCUCAUCGGUUGGCCCUACUAAUAGCAGUGCAGGAUUAAAAAUAGACUUUUCUGGUGGCUUUUUGGGGUGCAGUUUGUGUACAAAAUUGCAAAGUAGUCACCACAGUGGCUCCCAAUAUGGCAAGAGCGGACUGGGAGAGGAGGAGGGUGCAUUUGAGUCACCAGCAGGAGAUGACACCGUCCAAUCUCAUCAGAGGUUUGAUAGUGUGUCCUUUUGGAGUGAAGAUCUGAAAUAUGACUAGAAUUGUGGUUCUGAUGGCUGCCCACUUGGACAUUGUUUAGAAAGUUGUUUUAGGGCCAGCCAAAUAGCUCAGCGGAUUAAAGCACCUGCAAGCAGGCUCA